AUGGUCUCUGAUAACGCCCACUCUUCCACCAAAGCGUUGCAUGCAGAUGGUGGCCUAAAUCUAGUGACCGAUGUCGCACCCCCAAUCCAUCUAUCUACAAUAUUCAGAUAUCCUGAUGACCCAGCUCAACUUAUCCCAUCCGAGGAUCCAGUGGAUGAGUUCAACGGCAAGAACUAUGUCUAUUCCCGUGAAUUUGCCCCAAACGCAACCCGAUUCGAAGCAGUUCUCUCAUCUCUCAUAGGCGGGAAUGCAGUGAGCUACUCAACUGGACUAGCCGCCCUACACGCCGCUCUCACACUUCUCAACCCGCGCCACAUCUCCGUCGGCGAGGGAUACCACGGCAGCCACGAAGUUAUCGCUGUGAUAUCGCGUCUUUCCGGGCUACAAAAACUGGCUCUUGACUGUCCCGCCGAAAGCCUAGGCUCUGGCGAUGUCAUCCUCCUAGAAACACCCAUCAACCCGCUGGGAACAGCGUUCAGCAUCGAGGAAUACGCACGCAAGGCCCACUCGCGCGGCGCAUUCCUCAUUGUCGAUAGUACUUUUGCGCCGCCUAGUUUGCAGGAUCCUUUCCUCUGGGGCGCGGAUAUCGUCAUGCAUUCUGGGUCGAAGUAUUUCGGUGGACAUAGUGAUUUGCUCUGUGGCGUGCUUGGUACAAAGCGUGCUGAUUGGACGAAGCGGUUGUUUGAAGAUAGAAUUGCACUUGGAAGUGUGAUGGGAAAUAUGGAGAGCUGGCUCGGGAUCCGGAGUUUGCGCACGCUGGAGGUGCGGGUUCAGCGGGCUAGCCAGAAUUCGGCGAGGUUGGUUUCCUGGCUUCAUGGUGCUAUGCAAGUCUCAUCUCCUGCUAUGGGUAGUGAGGAGUCGGUCGUUCAGUCGGUUGUACAAAGGAUUUACCAUGCUAGUUUGCAGGAUGAGCCGUGGUUGCAGAAGCAGAUGCCUAAUGGGUUUGGUCCAGUCUUCUCCAUUGUCUUGCGCAAUGAGGAGUUAGCAAAGACUUUGCCAUCUAAGCUUCACUUCUUCCAACAUGCUACUAGUCUAGGCGGUGUUGAGUCUUUGAUUGAGUGGCGGGCUUUAUCGGAUUCCAAGGUUGACCGAAAGCUACUGAGAGUUAGCAUUGGGCUAGAGAACUGGGAGGAUCUGAAGGAUGACUUGCUCCAGGCAUUCAAGUCGCUUUUGGGAUGA